AUGCCCCGCUGUUGUUACGAAAUAUUGGGGGUCGAAAGAGACGCAAGUGAUGCUGAGAUAAAGAAAUCUUACAGAAGACUUGCUCUCAUAUGGCACCCAGAUAAAAAUACUGACAACUCCGAGGAAAGUACUCGAGUAUUCACAGAGAUCCAACAAGCUUAUGAAGUGCUUAUAGACCCACAAGAGCGAGCAUGGUAUGAUAAACAUCGCGAACAAAUCAUUAGAGGAGGAGAUGACUAUGUAGACAACAGUAUUAAUUUGAUGAAGUACUUCAGUGCCAGUGUGUAUUGCGGUUUCGGAGACGACGCACAAGGAUUUUAUGCGGUUUAUGCCAAUGUUUUCGAAAUUAUUACUAAAGAAGAUGCUGAAUUUGCGGAUGGUCAAGAUCUGGAGGUACCUGAGUUUGGAACAUCCACGAGUGAUUAUGAAGAAGUUGUUCAACCUUUUUACGCUUACUGGCAGAGCUACUCGACUCUGAAAUCUUAUGUAUGGUUAGAGAAAUACGACCUCAGAGAAGCACCCAAUCGAAGGGUUCAAAGAUUGAUGGAAAAAGACAACAAGAAAAUCCGAGAUGCCGUAAAAAAAGAGAGAAAUGAAGAAGUUCGCGCAUUGGUAAAAUUCGUUCGUAAAAGGGACAAGCGUGUCAAAGCAUAUCUUGAGUUACUUAAGGAAAAAGACGAGGAAAGGCAACGAAUUACAAAACAAAAACGUCUAGAAGCCUUGCGAGAAAGGGAGAAGAUGUUUGAAGCGUACAAAGAAGAAAGCUGGGCCUCUUUGUCUGGACUGGAGGAGGACUUGGUCCAAAUGAAUGUUCAUCUGGACAGUGAAUUCGGCAGAGAUAAUGACAUCAGUGAGAGCCAAUCAGAUGAAGAGGAAGUGCAACAAUAUUAUUGUGUGGCUUGUGAUAAAGCAUUUAAAACAGAGAAGGCGUUAGUUAACCACGAGAAGUCGCGGAAACACAAAGACAAAGUCGCUGCAAUCAAACGAGAAAUGGCCGACAGUGAAGAUAUAGAUGAACUUGCGUUACACAAUGGAGAAAACGGCGUAAAUGAAUAUUACGAUGCCAGAACAGAGUCAGAGUAUUUGAGUAAGAGACAACACAGUGUCGACGAAACUUGCGCAGAUUUUGUGAGUGUUGGAGAAUUAAAUCUGAUGGACUCCGUAGAUCUGUCUACUAUGAGAAUUAAAGGUAACAACCGGUACAAAGUAAAGGUGUUGCACGAGAGGAAACGAGCUCUAUCAGGAAUCGGAGAGGGAGAUUUGGAAAGGGGAGAGGAAGAGAAGGAAGCCGCCAACGAAGAGAGCAAUAGAAUGGAAGCAAAAUCAGAGGAACGAGAGGUGGAGGAAACGACGCAAAAUUUGUCAAACGAAAACAGGAUAACAACAAGUGAUAUUGAUAAUAAAGAAACGGAAGACGGUAAAGAGAACUUGGAAUCACAAGAAUCUGAGGGCGAUAGACAGACGACUGGUGCCGUUACAGAGAAAAGAAAGCCCAAAGAAGGUAAUAAAAAAUCGCCACAAGCGAGUAAAGAGCCAGCAGCAAAUUCUUUCAAGUGUAACGUCUGCCAAGAUUCAUUUCCGACAAGAAAUAAAAUGUUCCAACACAUUAAGGAGCUUGGACAUGCACUGAACGUGGACAAAAAUCGUGAAGCGGAUGAUUCGCAACGCCAAGCCAAGAAGAAAGGAAAGAAGAAACGUUAAGCUCAAAAUAUUAACUUUAUAAUUUCGAAGUAUGCCACUUAAAAGCAAUUAUUAUUUACAUAUUUUGGUGACGCGGGUUCUUGACGAUUUUGCUUUCCGAGGUUGAAUUCCGAGGUUGAAUGCGUUCCGACCCGUAAAGUAUGCAGAACUCGAGCCGAAUCAAGCGAGGUCGUUAUUGUCUUUUGUUAGGUCGUAAAACUAUGCAGGUGUAUUUGGUUUAAUUGACACGUAUCGCCCUCAAGGUGCUUUUCUCCACAAUAAUCUUUCUCCAGAGCUAACUUGUUCAAAUAAGGCAAUGUUUAUUUACAGAUUUGAGUUGCUAAUGGCGCUAAUCAUAUUACGCAAGACACAUCUACUAUGAUGCCUUAUAACGCAAACCACUAUUAUAAAUAACAAAUAUCGGACUGAUCUCCUACCUUGGAAGGUAUCAAAUUACCUCUUGGACUAACUGCAAUAUGUUGCAGAAAUAUUUUAAUCACCCAAAUUGUAAGAAAAUAUGCAUAUUAUACGAAUAAAUUAUUCAGAGUAUUAAAUAGUAUUGCCAGAUCUUUGCAUGUUAUAACCAAACAAGCGCUCCUUUCAGAUUUAAGACGUUUCGUUCUUGUCUUUUCAUUUCGUGACCUCAUUCACUUCCAUUCGUGACAUUGCUCAGCAAAAUACCCCCAUGAUAUCCGGUUUCCCGCGGAUUUGUUGUGCUAAUGACGCGCAUUCCAAGUUUCCGGCGCUCGCGUAAAUACGUCAACUUAUUAGUUGGAGCAUAGAGAGUCGGCAAAUAAAUGAAGACUAGACUUGAACUUCGUUCUAAGCUUGCAUGAAUCUGAAGCUGUAAGGAACAGGUGGUGGAGUGGUCAUAUCUAUAAUGGAGUUCUUGUAAGUCACUUAUCCACACCACAUAUCUUCAGUUCUGGGACUCUCAACCCUUCGUGACCCGUACCACCGCCUCCUACGUCAUCUUAUUGUGUUUUCAAACGUGUAACGCAACUUGAUGAUGGAUACAUAGAUACUGAAGUUGUAAACGGAUCUCGGUUACACUUCUUAGUCAGCCUUGCGGGCGAUUCAGUCUUACCUGACUCAUAACUAACGAGAACUGCUUGCUCCCCAGUUAGAAAACGUGGUAGGCUCUUCUUGUCAAGCAAAGUAAAUUCUUUUGAUUUUUAAAUUAAAAUGUCAGCCUUUGUUUGCCCAUUUUCCUUAAAUUAAUCAAAUUAGGUUACUUAAAAUCAAUUGAAGUCGCAAUAGCUGGCUUCCGAAAACAGCGCUCUGUGGUUUAAAAAUGUCACAUUGUAAUUAAGAAAAGUGACCAAAUGGUUCUCUAUUAAAACAUUUGUUUUUACAUCAAGGGCACGUGUUUAUUCUGGCCAAUUACCGAAAGCGAUGAUUAAUAACAUGAACAAUUGGAGAAAACAGGUGACUGACAGCAUAAGGAGCCUGAAAUAAACGAUGGUUACAGAAAACUCCACAAGACGUGUUUCUUACUGUCAUUCGCAAAAGAGGCCAUACGUGUCCUUAAUUCGAGCAAUAAUCAGAUUAACUCUUCCCUCCUGAAAUUACAGCGUACUUCGAAACAAGGUCAAUUGCCGCUAAUCUUUACUGGAUAUUUGAGAAGAAAAAUUCAAGCACCGAGUGCGUAUCAGGACGUUAUCAAGGUAACCAUGUGAAAUACGAUUUCCGCUCCGGCUGUAACACGUCAGAGGUCACUUUCUCCGCUAAUAAUUCUUCACAGGACUACCCUCCCAUGAGAUCAUAGAAUACUAUUUGUAUAGGGAAAUAAACAAACAGGCAAGCAAUACCAUAAGUGUACAUAGUGCAAUGAAAUACUUGAAAGUUGCUGACAGUCUUUACGGAAUACUUACAAUUUGACACGAAACAGUCCACAGACUUUGGGUAAGCACGCUUACUAAAUUAGGUCUAUGGCUCUCCAUUGUGGAAUAUGAUGGAAUGGAGGGCGAGUGAGAGGGUGGGUGGAGUAGGAGAGGUUGCCUGCAAUGGAGUGGGAUCUCAUCUAGGAGGCCGAGCAAUACUUCUAACUUCUCCAAGUAUUGGAGACUUUGGUUAAUAAAAGGCCGCCAGUAAUCCGCUAUGAGGAAACAAUGUCGCAUUUUCUAAGAAUGCUUCAAAAAGGAGGACAAACAUUGACCUGUAGAGGAAUUCCCUAAUGAAACGAACUAUCAAUUUCAACUUUUUAUUCAUAGCUUUAAUAACAUUUCAACAAAUUUACAACGUUUAAGUUGCAUACGAGCCUAUGAAUAACAAUUGUGUUUGAUUAAUUCAACCACUCACUAAGAAACCUACUGCAGAGAUACAGAGCAUUAGAGGAUUUCAGAUAAAUGAAACUUGAAAGUGCGUGGCAUCCAUUCAUUCAUUCAAUCAACAAACUCCUUUGGCUCAGUACAAUUUUUUAAAUUUUUGACAAUGGUUAAGAGGGUACUGAGAAAAAAAAAUACUGAAACCCCUACCCUGCCAGGGACAAGAAAAGGAAGCUAUUACUAAUAUCACCAGCCUCCCCUCCCUUCAGCAGGUAACUUGUACAAUCAUGACAGACCCAUUUCCUCCAAUGUACGUUGAAGUUCCCCUUCCUGUUGAUCAAACAAAACCACAUGAACUACAGCAGGUUAAUGUUUCAGGAAUCACUGCUAGAAGUGCAUCAAUACAAACUUGUAGAAUCCUAUUUGGUAGGUUGUAAUCACUAUCAGUCUGUCUGUUUUUGUUUUGAGUUAUCAAACCUUGCAUAAGGUGAAAAGUAUUUCUUCACUGGCUUCAUUAUACAAUUCCUUACAAAUCAAGUGACCAUUAAAAUACACCUUGCAAUCCAUGUGACUUAACCCUUAAACUCCCACUAGUGAUUAGCAUGUAACUUCUCCCUAUAAUCUCCAUACAAUAUCCAGCAAACAAGUAAUGAGAAAACUCAAACUCAUCAGGUAGAAGUUGUUAUUUUGAUCUAACAAGAAAUUCUUGUGACUAAUUUACAAGGAAAUGUGUAGAAGUAAGAAGGGAGAAUUUAAUUCAGAUCUUGGGAGUAAAAGAGUCAAGAGGCUUAUAUUAAGUUUUAUAAAUAAGUAAUUAUUAUCAAACACAACACAAAUUUUAGUAACCUGCUAUUAAUUGAUAUUUCAUGUCAAUUAAAUAAUAUCUCUAACUCUGCAUUUUAUAUUAGUUUCAACUCUAUAAAUUUAAGAUGAUUUUAGUCUAAGAGAAAAGCACUCUAGAGCAAAGGAAAAAAAAAAAACUUUGAGGUACAUUUAGAAUGCAGUUAUGGCAGUUCCUAGAAUGGUGUAUUCAUUACAAAGGCAAAGAGGAAACAUGAGACAUUAAAAAAAAUACUUCAAACUAUAUUUGAUUGAAAACUUCUAGAUUAUAACUAAUUAAUAUUCAAAGAAGAAAUAUUCUGUACAUUUAGACCAAAGAAACUGAUAUAGAAACUUUUAAACAAAAUGUUAGUUUUACAAUGUAAUUUUAGAGUACAAUUUGACUAAUAUACGGUUAUAAAUAAUAUUGGACUGUAAACUAUGGUUUAAUCAUGAUACAUAGCAUCUUCUGUUGUGACUGGCACACCAUCAUGGUAAUAAAAGAAUUCGUGGAAGUGAAGAUAGUUAGACCAGAUGCUGAAUAA